AGCGUGUUAAAGUAAGCUUCGAUGCCAUGGAUGAUGAACCUGCGGCCAAAAGAUGCCGACGGGCAGAAGUGCCAUUCAGCUUGGAGGAGCUGCAGCAGGAGAUCAGAGAUCUUCGGGCUGACCCUCCCGUUUAUGUGAGCGAUGUUGGUGAUCUCAAGACUCCGCCCUUGAUUUGCGAUGAGCAGGGCCAACUCAAGGUGCCCACAGAUCCAGAGAGGAAUGGCCCAUGGGACCUCCAGCUUUGUAUUUCGGGCGCAGAGGGUGAUGAGGCCUAUGGCGGACCCUGCAGGGUCAGCAUUCGCUUCGAUCCUGACCUUUGGCCAGCAAAGCUGCCGUUGGUUCGUUUCAGAGGAGUGUUCCAUCAUGCCCUCACAGAUGACAAUGGAGCAAUGCUCAUGCCCUUUUAUCGUGGCAUGCCAAGGGAUGCUCGAGAUGCUUGUACCCUACGGUUGACACUUCAGGCAAUCCACUGCUUCUUGCAGGACCCUUUUAAAGCUUGGAAGCUGCCCGCGGAACGCUUGCCUGAGAAGUUCCAGCGUGCUCUGGACGUUCAUCGCAAGAUCAAUGCGGAGCGCUUGGAAAUCAUAGAAAAGUACAAGUCCAAAGUGCUGCACCCGGAGCUUUUCACUUCCAAAGUGAAGGACGAAUGGCUGGACCCAGCCUUUGGCAAGGCGAUGAAGGAGAACACCCCCAGUGCAUGGCGGAAGAUCCUCACUGAAGAGAUCCCUGGGGUGUAUUCGUUCAAGUUGGUCACAGAGGCUUUUUGUGACACAUUCUUGGAAGAGGUCUUCAACUUCUACAAGAGUGGUCUUCCAGCAAAACGUCCCAACAGUAUGAAUGCAUAUGGAAUCAUUCUCAAUGACAUUGGCAUGGAGCCGCUGAUCGAUGAGCUGCAGCGUGUCCUGCAGCCGCUCGGUGAGUUGCUCUUCCCAGGUCCUGGAAACUGCUGGGACGGUCACCAUUGCUUCAUUGUCCGCUAUCGCUCGGGUGAAGAUCUGGGGCUAGAUAUGCACACAGACGACUCGGACGUGACGUUCAAUCUUUGCCUUGGCUUGGACUUCACUGGAGCUGGCUUGCAGUUCUGUGGGAUGUCUGGUGCACCUGACCAUCGAAAGCACCGACACUCUUACUUCCAUCGCAAGGGCCAUUGUGUGAUGCAUCUUGGUCGCCGUCGACACGGAGCAGAUGACAUCACGUCAGGGGAGCGCUUGAAUCUAAUCUUGUGGAACCACUCCAGCACGUACAGAUCUAGUGAAGAGUCUGAGAGUCCUCCCUACGACGCGGAGACAGGGCCUCCGGAUCCAGUUUGUGUCAGCUACACUCAUGAUCGGGACUUCGGCAACUUCAAGGCCUAUCCGAAGGGCAAAGAGCACUUUCGUGGCCGGGGCUGGUGCCCGCGCCGAAGCUUCGAGUAUCCAGGAUUCGAACCAGACUGUGAAAGCGAGGAGGAAGACAGACAUGCCUGACACGACUAGAAACACUCUGAUUCUUGUCAUGGUGUCCAGAUGGUUUCUGAAAUGACGUCACGGGCAAUUCUUUGUUAUUUUAAAGCAGAGGAUUUGAUCCAAUCUGGACAUCUCUUUGUUGGCCGUGUACAUAUGCUCAUUUCGUCUGGCUUCCAGCCUCCGUCGAUGCGAGGAAACAGGCCGGGCUGAGGCUACUUUCCCAAAUGCGUGACUUGUGACUUUCGCC